CUCGCCAGGAAAGCUUUCUUUCUUUUUCCCCUCGCCCAUCUUCUUCUUUCCCCACAGCAAAUCUCCAAACCCUAGUCCCUCCCGGCCGCCCCCCAUGCUGCCCAUUCGCCGCCCCGGCGACCAUUACCAUUCCGUAGUUCUUCCCAAUGACGAAACAAUCGAUGUCUACACUGACGAUGAUGGGAAUCUUGUCACCGGCGGAUCCGAGGGCCGGCCACCACGACUUUUCCAAGAAAUCUGGAUCGACACCUUGCACCGUAUGAUGGCCGCAGCUCGUCAGGAGAACGAGCGUCGCCGUGAGGAUCUCGCCCGUCGAGCUCGCCACAAGGGGCGGCAUCCACGACCCGCUCGACCACGACCCGCUCGACCAUCAGAUGCGGCCACCACAACCCAAUCCCCUCCAAUCCCCUCCACUCAACCAUCAGAUGCGGCCUCCACAAUCCAACCCCCUCCGCUCCCCUCCACCGUCAGCUGCAGCCUCCACAACCCAAACCCAUCCCCUACCCUCCAGGCAGACCUCGCCCCACUUUUAGGAUAAGUCUUCCCGACGGCCGAGAAAUCCGUGCCUAUGUCGACGGGGCCGGCGAACUCUUCACCGAUGUUGAUGGGAUACCUCGACGCGUAGCAGAUGUAUAUAGGAAAUCUGCCCUCUCCGACAUCCCGUCUUCCGGUACCGGUGUCUACCCUGACGGGGAUGGAGAACUCUUGACGGACGUCGAUGAGAUAUCUCAACGCGUAGCAGAUGUACGCAUGGAAGUCACCCGCUCCGACAUCCAGACCAGGCCCUACGAUCAGCCGCAACCUCCACAAUGUGAGCAUGCAGCAUUUGUAAAAAUGCCUUUUCCUGACCCUGAAACGUCCCAUUUGCUGGAGGAAAUCUGGUCUUCCCGCAAUCCAUCACUGCCUCCCUGGUGUGAGUACCCUUCUCAUGAUGUGUCUAGGCCAGUGAAAACACCGCUGCUGGAGCCAAAGAACACCAACACUUCCUCUUACUCCACACAGCCAGAGGCGGCAACUCAUGACAUCGUGCCAAUUCCAACGCAAUCGUCUCAGCAUAUUUUGGCUUGUUUUUUUGAAGGUUGGCCUAUACAGUUUUUCAUCAGACUAGAUCAUGGGGGUUCUUUCCACACGUAUCCUCGCCUGGGUGGGCCAUUCCAGAGCUUGCAGGAAGCUGAGGAUGCUAUCGAUCGCCAUCUUGAUCACCUGCGUGCUCCAAUAAUGCACACAAAUGGGCUUCCGCAGGCGGAGAUUGCGAUACGGCAUCCCUUUACUGGCCUGAUGGCACAAGAAAGAUGUCCUCCAAAAGCAAUCCAAAGCUUGAGACUGUCAGCCUAUUGGCUCAAGCUUUACUGGACAAGUACAAUGAAGAUCACCUUCUUUUUGGGGUUUGCUCUCUCUCCCUCCUCCCUGCUCUCAAUCUCUGAUCUUGCAUAUGAACUUGAUGAUGUUGUGAGCUUCCGAGAAAUUUAUGAGAGGGAGGGCCGCCUUGUCAACAUGUUCUAUCAUAUCAAUUUGACUACAAAAACGAAAGGAGAUGAUGGUUUUCAGAGUGGCGUCGAUAAUGUGUUCUUUGCUGAAGUCACACGAAUAAAAGGCGAAGAUGUACAAUAUGUGCUCAGUUGUUUCUGCAUGGUUGAACCUAAUGACAAUGGCCAAUGCUAUGGUUGCAUGAGAUACGGAAAUGUUGAUUUGAAGCAUCCUGUUGAUGUUGAUAAAUACAAAGGUGGCCACUCUUAUCGGUACUCACCAUGUUCUGGUUUUGAUCCACGGCGGGAUACCCCUGGCCCGGAUGUACCUGCAUACAUCCAGGAUGAGGAGGAUAGGCUCGCGUAUGAGGAGGCUACAGUAAGAAGUAUGUACGAGUGCCCUGACAAUCCUCCUAUUCUAGCAAAAUUGAAUGGUACAAGAAUGCCUGUUGGUUGUUCGACCAAAAGAGAGGAUGCUAGUUUGGCCAAGAGAGAGGAUGGCAAGGGAAGGGUGAAAUACGUUGUACCUGCUAGGCGUCAGUUGGUUUGAGUGUCCCCUUAGGUAUAUAGAUAAAUUUGAUUUGAUUUAGGGACCUGACAACAUGGCGAAGACAGCAUAGCAAUAUAUGCUGGGGGCAUUGUCAGAACUGCCGGUUUUCAUUUCCAGUCCUCUUUGAGAAGUUGAACUUUUGUGCACCAUCAUCUAUGAUGUCGUCCCUGUACCGUUAGCAUGUAUUCCAUGUCAUCUGCUUUGGACUUGUUGUGUAUACUGUCGUUGAACUGCCUAGCUGCAGGAAGUUUGGUGUGAUUUUAUAUUAUGAGGGGACUGGAAUCGAAUGCACAUCUCAACCUUAUCAGUGAA